AUGGCGAGUAAAAAUUUAGUUAGCUGGCUAACAAGAUGGAAACUUUUUUCCAAACUUCGACUUGCUCUAGAGAAAGGUUUUGACCCAAAUUUUGUGUUAAAGCCCAAACAAAUCAUUUGCUUUGAACAACUAAUUAAUGGAAACGAUACUCUUGCGGUUUUGCCUACUGGAUAUGGGAAAUCCAUUUUGUACCAGUUACUUCCUUUUCGCGCUAUCAUUGAGGAUCAACAAAAAAUUUUGAGCCAAAGAGGUGUAGAAGUUGCUACACUUACUUAUGAAAGGGAAGAAUGUACAGAAGAUCUUUUUGCACAUUUGAAUACGGAAGAUCCUGUCGAACCAAAUUUCAGAGUUUCACAUGAAAUAAAAAAUGGAGAUAUUGAUUUUUUAUUUGGACAUCCAGAAGCAUUUUUGUCACACACAGGAAGAAAUUUACUAAAAUCAAAAAUUUAUCAGGAUAAUGUUGUUGCAUGUGUAGUAGACGAGGCACAUUGUGUGGAAUUGUGGUAUAUAUAUAUAUUAUGUUUUUAUAUCGUUUCAGGGGACUGGAAUUUAGAAAAAGCUUUCAAGAUUUGGUUGUCUUAA